CCAAACACAGCCUGUGAGCUUCUGACUUGUGAUGUGCCACAGAUCAGCGACCGCCUCGGUGGGGACGAGAGCCUGCUGAGCCUCCUGUAUGACUUCCUGGACCAUGAGCCGCCUCUCAAUCCUCUGCUCGCCAGUUUUUUCAGCAAGACCAUUGGCAAUCUCAUUGCAAGAAAAACUGAACAGGUGAUUACAUUUUUGAAGAAGAAGGACAAGUUCAUCAGCCUGGUGUUGAAGCACAUCGGCACCUCAGCGCUUAUGGACCUGCUGCUGCGCCUGGUCAGCUGUGUGGAGCCAGCCGGGCUCCGGCAGGAAGUCCUGCAUUGGCUGAAUGAAGAGAAAGUCAUCCAGAGGCUUGUGGAGUUGAUCCACCCGAGCCAGGAUGAAGAUAGGCAGUCAAAUGCUUCUCAGACUCUCUGUGACAUAGUUAGGCUGGGCAGAGACCAGGGCAGUCAGCUGCAAGAGGCUCUGGAGCCAGACCCCCUCCUCACAGCGCUGGAGUCGCAGGACUGUGUGGAGCAGCUUCUGAAGAACAUGUUUGAUGGAGACCGGACGGAGAGUUGCCUCGUCAGCGGGACUCAGGUGUUACUCACCUUGCUGGAAACCAGGCGGGUUGGGACAGAGGGCUUGGUGGACUCCUUUUCUCAGGGACUGGAAAGGUCAUACACUGUCAGCAGCAGUGUACUACACGGCAUCGAGCCUCGGCUGAAGGACUUCCACCAGCUUCUGCUCAACCCCCCCAAGAAGAAAGCGAUCCUGACCACCAUUGGUGUGCUGGAGGAGCCCCUGGGGAAUGCCCGUCUGCAUGGCGCCCGGCUCAUGGCAGCACUGCUGCACACAAACACACCCAGCAUCAACCAGGAGCUCUGUCGGCUCAACACCAUGGACUUACUGCUGGACUUGUUCUUUAAGUACACCUGGAAUAACUUUCUGCACUUCCAAGUGGAACUCUGCAUAGCCGCUAUUCUCUCCCACGCCGCCCGCGAGGACAGAACAGAAGCCAGCGGGUCCGAGAGCAGGGCGGAGCCUCUGCAUGAGAACGGGAACCGGAGCCUGGAGACCCCCCAGCCUCCUGCCAGCCUCCCUGACAACACAAUGGUGACCCACCUGUUCCAGAAGUGCUGCCUGGUGCAGAGGAUCCUGGAGGCCUGGGAAGCCAACGACCACACACAGGCAGCGGGUGGCAUGAGACGUGGGAACAUGGGCCACCUCACGCGGAUCGCCAACGCGGUGGUACAGAACCUGGAGCGGGGCCCUGUGCAGACGCACAUCAGCGAGGUCAUCCGAGGGCUCCCUGCGGAUUGCCGUGGCCGCUGGGAGAGCUUCGUGGAGGAGACACUGACGGAGACGAACCGCAGGAACACUGUGGACCUGGUGAGCACUCACCACCUUCACUCCUCGAGUGAGGACGAGGACAUUGAGGGUGCUUUCCCUAACGAGCUGUCCCUUCAGCAGGCCUUCUCUGACUACCAGAUCCAGCAGAUGGCAGCCAGCUUCGUGGAUCAGUUUGGCUUCAAUGAUGAGGAGUUUGCAGACCAGGACGACAACAUCAAUGCCCCGUUUGACAGGAUUGCAGAGAUUAACUUCAACAUCGACGCUGACGAGGACAGUCCCAGCGCAGCUCUGUUUGAGGCCUGCUGCAGCGACCGCAUCCAGCCCUUUGACGACGAGGACGAGGACAUCUGGGAGGACAGUGACACUCGCUGUGCCACCCGCGUGAUGGCCAGAGCCAGGUUUGGAGCCCCCCAUGCUUCAGACAGCUGCUCAAAGAAUGGCCCAGAGCGCGGAGGCCAGGACGGGAAGGCGAGCUCAGAAGCACACGGAGAUGCACCUGGGGCAGGUGCCCCCCUGGCCCCUGGGAAGAAGGAAGCCCCCACUGUGGAGGGUGACUCAGAAGCAGGCGCCAUGUGGACAGCAGUGUUUGAUGAGCCAGCGAACUCGACACCCACAGCCCCAGGAGUGGUGAAGGACGUGGGUUCCAGCGUGUGGGCAGCUGGUACCUCAGCUCCAGAGGAGAAAGGCUGGGCCAAGUUCACCGACUUCCAGCCCUUCUGCUGCUCCGAGUCAGGGCCCAGGUGCAGCUCUCCAGUGGACACAGAACGCAGCCGGGCUGAGGGCAGCCGGAGCCAAGGCCCUGAGAAAGCCUUCAGCCCAGCUUCUCCAUGUGCCUGGAACGUAUGUGUCACCAGGAAGGCCCCCCUGCUGGCCUCUGACAGCAGCUCCUCUGGGGGCUCCAACAGCGAGGACUAUCAGAAGGCAGCGAGUGCCGUGGAUGCCGUGAGCAGGAGUCCUGGCCGGGAGGCCCCCCCGCGGCCCACAGGGGCCAGGACAGAGGAGGCUGUCGGCAGGGCCGAGUGUGCCAACAGCCGGCUGUUAGAUCCUGCCUGCCCCGCGCCGAAGGAAGUGACCGCUGCCCCAGCCGUGGCUCCGCCCCCCGAGGCUGCUGUGGCCAUCACCACAGCACUGAGCAAGGCUGGCCCCGCCAUACCCAGCCCAGCAGUCUCUUCUGCAGUGGCCGUGGCGGUCCCCCUAGGGCCCAUCAUGGCAGUCACAACAGCCCCAGCCAUGGUGGCCACCCUGGGGACAGUGACAAAGGACGGGAAGAGAGAUGCCCCGCCGGAAGGAGCUGCCUUAAAUGGCCCAGUGUGAUGCUGCUGCCGCCCGGCCACGGCCCGCCCUGGUCAGGCUGCAUCCUUAAUCGAGAAAACUACCUGGUGAUGCAAUCUUUUUUUUUUUAAUUUAAUUUAAUUUUAAAAUAAAUGCUGCAUUGGUAAAGCUGGCAGUUGAAACCA